AUGUCUACACCCUCUACACCACGUUCGGCGCGCUCGACGCGUUCUAUGUCGCCCGCCGAUAAUUCACCAAGCAUCCUGACGCCAGGCCAAAAGAUCAAAGCCAUGAUGGCUCAAUUCGACAGCGAUUCUGAUUCUGAUUCACAAGCCACCAACUCCAAAACAUAUAUUCCCAAGCUGGACUUCGGAAGCAAGAACACAUCUACUGGGAUUCUCGCACUUGAACAGCCUAACGACUUUGACUCCGACUCAGACGAUGCAGAUGAAAUCGUGAGGCCCAAGGGCCGGAUGGCUGCUCGCAUGCAGGGUGAUGCCAAUCCUUCAACAAAUUCCACUGGACCCCAACAAGACUCCGCCUUUUCUCGAUUGUCCAACGCCCUGCGAACCGAAAGGGAACAGACACAAAAGUCAACACGCCAAAGAGCCUCACCUGUCGACGAAUCCAGUGACGACGAUCUGCCUGCAGCUGCUCCCCGGAGAAGGACUAAUGCUCAGUCAACCCAAUCUCCUGCCUCUGCGGACGAAGAUCCUGCAAAGUCACCCUCUCGCGCACGUUCUGUCUCGCCCUUGUUUGUUCCAAACGAUGAAACCGCUGCAGAUAACAUCUCCGAUAUUGAAACCCAUGAUAAACCCAAGUCUAACGCGAGAUUCCUUGCUCUCGUCGCCCAAAAGCGCAAAGAACGCGAGGAGCGUGAACGCAUCGAGGAUGAACAAAAGGCAGCCAGGCGCUCUCAAUUGGAGCAUUUUAGUUCUGAGAUCGUGUCUGGGGAAGAAAGCGAAGGGGAAGAGGCUCAAUCUGCACGACAAUUGAGCCAGAAAGCCCGGCAACCUCGAAAGGCAAGCAAGAAGGCCCUCGAAGAGAUGAGACAGGAGACACAACGCUUGAGCCGAAACAUGCAACUCGCUCAUCAGGCUCAGACCAAGAAGAAGAUCACCAAGGAGAGUUUGUUCGCUAGGUUCAACUUUAUGCAGCCUGAGGCUUCUCCAGCAGAACCAACAGCUGCAAAUUCCUCAUCUACUGCUGCAUCCCAACAUUCUUCCGACGGUGAAAAGGACAAGCAGACGCCUCACACAUCGCCUGUACUUGGUCCCUCGGACGCUGAUAAAUCCACUGCUAUCAAUGUCACCGAAGUCCCGGCUGGAAUUGAUGAGCACAAUGUGAACGAAAUCAGCACCUCAUCACUCGAAAAGGCUACCGGUUUGGUUCCCAGCACACUCGGUGCGCCCAAGGAGUUUACUGUCCUAAGUGCGAAGAAAAUGCCCCGCAAGCCGACCCAACCUCCAGUCCGUGUCCUCCUGUCCCGGCAAGAAGUUGCUCGCCACCAGCAAGAAGAUUCUGAUAGCGAUGGCUUGGAGGUUGCUCGCCGCAUUGCUGCUUUCGAGAAUCUGCCAACCAGAAAGCUGCAAGAAUCUUCUUCGAUGACUACGCUAAAGGCAUUGGCCCAUUUGACAUCACCAAGCCGCAAGCACUCCGGAAUGAACUCAGCAGAAUUAUCUGCGAGCUUGUUGUAUAAGGCUCGUCAGCAAGCUGCCAAGGAACGACGCGAGCGCAUCGAAGAGCUUAGGGCAAAGGGUAUUGUCAUCGAAACAGCGGAAGAGCGUGCCACAAUGGAAGACGACAUUGAGAAUAUGAUGGAGAAGGCGCGCCAAGAGGCCGAUGAGAUUGCACGAAAGGAAAAAGCUGCAAACAAAAAGGGACAAGGUCUCGAUGACGAUGACGAUGAGGAUGAAGACUUCUAUGCCCCAUCAGGGUCCGAUGAUGAUGGAUCCAACAGAGACGAUGAAGAAGAGGAUGAGGACAAUGAUAUUGACGAGAACCCCGGAUUCCUCGACAACGAAGCAGACGAGGAGGAUGAGUCUGCUGAUGAUCAAGCCGAGGAUGAAAUGUCAGAUGUAGACAUGCUGGCUGAAGCUCCUAGUACCCGACGAAAGCGACGAGCUCGUGUUGUGAAUGACGAUGACGAGGACGAUGAACCCCAAGUGCCUUCCACCCCCGUCAGGCCGCCGUCACACGACCCACAGUCGGUGCAGCGACCAGUAUUCCCUGGUAUUGAGACGCCUGGUGGUAUGUCCAUGGGGCUUACUCAAGCCUUUGCUGGCACGCUGGCCGAUGAUGAAGACGCCACUAGCCAGCCCGCCUCUUCCACAAUGUCAUUCUCGCUUCCGGACCCUGGUCGCCCUGUCCCCAGACUUCGCGCCGAAGACUCGGAGAUUCUUGUUCGUGAUAGCCAGGAACACCCCCAUGAGCCUGAAUUCAUGACCAACUGCACCCAGAACGUGACCAGGGUGUCGGAAUCGCCUGCUGCACACAAAUUCUCUCAGUACUCGCAGCUUCCCGAUCCCACCCAAGAUCAAGGCUUCAUUUACUCUCCCUUCGACCCGAAUAAGCGUUUCCGAGAAACUCCACCAGUUUCAACUGUUGAUACUGUUCUUCUCGGUCAGAGUCAAUCGCCUAUUGCGGAACGCAAGAGCAGACAGCUUCGACGUGGCCGCGCAGCAAACUUGUCCAUGGUAGAAGAAGAUGAAAAUGAAGGCGAUUUCGAAAUCAAUGCUAAUGCCUUCAACGUCAUGAAGAAGGCGGCCAAGAAAGAAUCCGUUCCGUACGACAAGAAGAACAGCAAGGCCAAGAACAUCGUGGACGAAGCUGCAGAGGAAUCCGAGGAUGAAUACGCUGGCCUCGGAGGUGCCAGUGAUGACAGCGAUGGCGAAGAAGAUGCCUACGAUCAGCAAAUGAUCAAUGAUCAGAGCGGCGAAGUGGUCGACGAGAAGCAGCUUGCUGCCAUGAACGCAAUGCAUCAACGAGACCGCGACGAGAAAGAUGUUGCUAAGCUGUACAAGGAUAUCACGACUGGAGCUCUGCGCCGUCGCCGCGGUGGUGACGAUGACUUUGAUCUUGACGACUCGGAUGAUGAGCGUCUCGCCCGUCGACGUGAAAAGCAACGCGAGUUUGCAAAGAUGCGCCGUGCUCUCCUUGCAGAUGACAAGAUUGGCCAGCUUGCCGAUGACCCCAAGAAGGCCGCUUUCUUCAAGGCCAUCGAAGACCGAGAGGCUGAUGAUGACUUUGAGUUGGAAUUCCUCGAAGACAAGGCCGGUGACUCCCAGAACGAGGCUUCUCAGGAUGCCGCGCAGGAGUCGAACGACUCAGCACAGGACAGCAAGAAGCGCAAGCGACCGCUCGAGGCAGCCGGAGAAGAUGCCACCAAGCGUCCUCCACCUCAUCUUCGCCGUACACCUGCCAGCGCCAUGUCCAAGAAGCCAGCUACCCUAGCCGAAAUCCGGGAGACACUGUCAUUCUUGACUGAGACACAUGAAUAUGAUUCCUUCACCGAAGACGCCUCCGUUGACGAAGAAGAGCCUGUCGAAGGCGAGGAUGACUCAAGCACCGACAACAAAGACGCGUUCUCCGAAGAGGCAGGAUCCCAGCCCAAAGAAGGCUUCGCUGUGCCAUCUCACCCCCGACGCACGCGUGGUGUCGUCGUUGAUCGCCUUGCUCUCCUCCGCCAAGCCUCAUCCAACUCUGCAACAUCUGGACCAUCUGCCAACACCAAAUUCGCGUUCCACAAUAGUGGCAACUCUGACGGCCCCAUCGGUUUCCGUCCACCCCAGCUUCUGCGCCGCGUGAACACCGGCUCCUCUUCAUCCAGCUCCAGCACGACCUCAUCUAAUGCCAACCGUGUUUCCCAGCCUGCCCCGUCUGGACCGAAGAAGGGCGGUGCUAUCAACUCGUACACUGCUGCCCGUGAGAAGGAGCGCGAGAAGCAGCUUCGCAUGAAGCAACGCAAUGGUGGUGCUAACAUUGCUAAGCUGCUGGGCAAGCACGCUGCUAAUGGACUGGGUGCUUUGGCUGGUAAAGGACAAUGGGAUUAA